AUGGACCUGCGCAUGAGUGUCGAGACACUGCGCGCUGGCGAUUGGUUCUACAAGUGGACAUCCAAGGGCGACUCGGUACACCGGCGGUGGUUCUGGAUCGACACGAAAAGCUACCUUCUCGUGUGGAGCAACUACGAGACCUACAGCCCGCACUUUUGCGGCAGUGUACGCCUCGACGACAUCUGCCAGGUCACCUCGCGCGACCUGUUCAGCGUGGACGAGGGCGCAUUCCCUAAGACGUACUACGUCCUGCUGAUCGAGACGAGGAAGCGGGUGCUGCAGCUGGCGACCGAGCUGAAAGACAAAUGCGACACGUGGUUUGAGGCCUUGAAUAAUGUGAUGGGAUUCAUCCACCGUAAUGACAUGGCAAGGGGUGCCCUGAUCCCUGACUGA